CCUAUAAAGGUCUCUGGCACAUUUCCUGUGAGCUCUCACCACAUGCUCACCACUUCUCCCAACUUUUCUCCCAGGGAAAGUGCUUGGGGACCAGCCCAGGCAGAAUUGCAGGCUGCGGGAGGGGAGAGGAUCUGCAGGAGCAGCCAUGAUCCCUCUGACCAAGCCAGGCCUAUGGGGCUCUGAAGUCACCCCCCGACAUGUUAUGAAGAUCCAGGAAAUGAGCAGAGCAUCCUCUGGGACGAGCGUUUCACAGGUCUGGCCCUGGGCCUGCGCAUGGGAGCGGUUCCAUCGUGCUGGGCAGUGAACCCUCCGAAGGACAGAGACCUCCCCAGGACCCCCGUGUCCCGCUGCCAUCCCCGCACGGACACUGCGGGAUCAGCCCCGCUCCUCCAGGCCUGGCUGAGACCAGCAAACAGGGAUGAGUUUCUCCAAGGUCUGGGUGCUGGUGGUGAUGUUACCUGCAGUGCAAGCCCUGAGCCAAUGUUUUUUGUGGACUUCGAUGCUGAAUGUGAGAAAGAGCGGCUCCUGAAAGCAGAUGACAGGGCAGGAUCCCCCACAGCAGAGCUGUCCCAGGGGAACAUGCUCUUCAACACAACCAGACAUCGAUGGACUUCACAUGAGCCUCAGGCCCCAGGAAGCUCGAAGGAGCUGGAAGGCGAAGAGGAGCCGCUUUUGAAUGCGGCGGGGAAUAGACCUGCAACUCCGGUCCUGCUCCCCCCGGCUCCAGACCCCUCGGACGCGGUCCCGGCGGGGAGAAGAGAGAGCAGGAGAAGCCCGUGGCUGCUUUGGGAGAAGCUGGGUACUGCUGGGAGCAGGUGGAGGAGGAACCCCUGGAAAAGCCUGAGAUCCAGUGAGAGGUGGGGAGCAGCCCCCGAUGGACCACCCUACAUCGGCAGCCCCCCUGGAGGAGAGUGUGACCCUGGCCCUUCUUUUCUGCCCCCCACCCUGGUACCCGCCACUCUUAGCCCUGUCCUAAAGAGGUCCUCAGCUCCAGCUUUUUCCUCUUCUUUCCCUGACAUUUCCCUUUAGUGAACAUGUUUCCAGUUUUCCUUUCUCCUUUCCUGUUGCUCAGGAAGGACCCAUGAGUCUCACUCCCCUGGCUGGCACAGCCUGGCUUUGCUUUGAAUUAUUUAUAUAUAUUUUUUUUUUCAGAUUAAGCAUUUAGUGUGAAUAAAUUGUUCUCACUUCUCCCUCUGAUUAUUCACUUUCCCUUAUUAAAAAGUUCUGUCUUGAAACCCUUUCACCCUCUCGCUUUUUCAUAUUCUCCACAUUAGUUAUUCCCUCUGGCUUUUAAGGUUUUUAUUUAUUAAUUUUGGGGUAAGAAGAGACAGGUUCCUGCCUCU